AUGUCGGUGGAUCCAUCCGAGUUGAAACCGUUCAAAUCUACCCAACCCGGGCAUUCAUCGUUGCGACAGAUCUCCGAGGACGCCUUUUAUGUGGUGAACGAGGUGGUGAUCAAGCGUUUGGGACACAUUCCCAUUCAUAAGGGCGAUUUCCAUCUUCUCCCGCCGAAAGUGCAACGUUUCGUCGCCGAGAAAGCCGAAUUGAUGCGCCCACGAGGCAUCUACAUCUGUGAUGGGACUCAACACGAGGCUGACGAGAUCAUCGAUAAGCUGGUGGAAAGGGGAAUGCUGUCCCCUUUGAAAGCCUACGAGAAUAACUACAUCUGCCGAACUGAUCCAAAGGAUGUGGCCCGUGUCGAGUCGAAGACGUGGAUGGUCACCCGGGACAAGUACGAUACGGUUUGCCACACGCCGGAUGGUGUCGAUCCGAUUAUGGGUCACUGGAUGUCACCCGAAGAUAUGAGUGACGAGUUGGACUCGCGUUUCCCCGGAUGCAUGGCUGGUCGCAUCAUGUACGUUGUCCCAUUCUCGAUGGGUCCUCUCGGUGGGCCACUCUCAAAAAUCGGUGUUCAGCUGACCGACUCGAACUACGUGGUGAUCUCGAUGCGUAUCAUGACGCGUGUCACGUCGGAAGUGUUCGACAUUAUGGGCGAUCAGGAUUUCACCCGCUGUAUCCACUCUGUCGGAUUGCCGAGACCCGUCAAACAAAAGGUGAUCAACCAUUGGCCAUGCAACCCGGAUCGCGUUUUCAUCGCUCAUCGCCCACCCGAGAGGGAGAUUUGGUCGUUCGGCUCGGGUUACGGCGGGAAUUCGCUACUUGGCAAGAAAUGCUUCGCCCUUCGAAUCGCCUCAAACAUCGCAAAAGACGAGGGAUGGUUGGCCGAGCACAUGUUGAUUAUGGGAGUGAGCCGGCCGUGUGGACGAGAGCAUUUCAUCGCGGCCGCUUUCCCGUCGGCUUGCGGAAAGACGAAUUUGGCCAUGUUGCAACCGACACUACCCGGGUGGAAAGUGAGAUGCGUUGGUGACGAUAUUGCGUGGAUGAAGUUUGGAGCCGAUGGCCGACUGUACGCGAUCAAUCCCGAGCACGGGUUCUUCGGCGUGGCGCCAGGCACCUCCGAUCGCACAAAUCCGAUGGCUGUGGCCACUUUCCAAAAGGAUUCCAUCUUCACCAAUGUGGCCGAGACAUCAGAUGGACAUUACUAUUGGGAGGGUUUAGAGGAUGAGAUCAAGGACAAGAACGUCGAAGUGACGGAUUGGCUCGGCAACCCGUGGAAGCUCGGCGAUGCGGCUCCGGCGGCUCAUCCAAACUCGAGAUUCGCCGCUCCUGCGCGACAAUGCCCGAUCAUUCAUCCGGAUUGGGAGAGUCCACAAGGAGUCCCAAUCGAGGCGAUCAUCUUCGGAGGUCGUCGCCCGGAUGGUGUGCCGCUCGUUUUCGAGACCUACGGAUGGAACCACGGAAUCUACACCGGCGCUUGCCUCAAAUCCGAAGCCACCGCUGCUGCCGAGUACAAAGGCAAAACCGUGAUGCACGACCCGAUGGCGAUGCGCCCGUUUAUGGGGUACAAUUUCGGGAAAUACCUCGAUCACUGGAUGAAGCUGAACACUGCCGAGAGAAAGCUGCCCCGUAUCUACCACGUGAACUGGUUCCGCAAAUCACGCGACACCGGGAAAUUCUUGUGGCCCGGCUUCGGGGAUAACAUUCGCGUGAUCGAUUGGAUAAUUCGACGAUUGGAUGGAGAUGUGGGAAUCGGACAAGAGACUCCCGUCGGAAUCGUGCCAACAAAGGGUUCGUUGGAUUUGGAGGGAUUGGGUCCGGUGGAUUGGGACGAGUUGAUGUCCGUGCCGGCCGAUUAUUGGAAAGAGGACGCCGUUGAAGUGCGCAAGUUCAUCGAGAGUCAAGUCGGUCCCGACCUUCCGGCUCCAAUUCGCAAAGAGAUGGACGAUCAAGAAGCCCGCAUCAACGCUAUG